GAAGAAGUAACACUGGAGGGAGAUGGUUAACAUGAGCUUAUUUAACUACCUGGAAGCCUAAAAAGAUUAAAAGUGUUGCUUUCAGGAAGCACUUAAAGGUGGAACAACAUAAAGGCCUGAGCAGACUGACAUUUAGUGAAAAUGACCUCCCUCCCUUUCUGGGAGUUCUUCAGCAGGGUUAAAGCUGCUGAAGGGAACCAUGGCAGUGGCUGCUAAUGCUUCAUGAUCUAGGGUGGACUUACGCCGAAAGUCUGGGCUUGCUGAAGGACAAAUGCUUUGAGAUGAAAUAUUUGGCUCUUGUUACCCUAACUUGGACUUUGUGGGGAUGUCCAAAGGAAUUUCUUACAGCCUUUGUAGCAAAACGAAGUUUGCUACAGAUCCUGUGCUGAAAGCCUGGAGGAUGUUUGGAAAAUGCAGAAUGAAGAUUAAAUCACAUGUUCAAUGAGCUGAGCUUACUGUACUGAGCAUCCGGUGUGUUGGUCCACGUUGAACACCUAUAAAGACAAGCAGAUGCCUAAAGCAGUGAAGUCUUCCAGAGGAGAUGUUUAAUAAAUGCAGCUCAUUUUUAUGCCUCUGUCAAUAACCAGAGAAGCGGGAAAGUUUGGAAGGAAGUUCCAAGGGAAAUCAAAAUGGCAGGCCGCUCACAGUCGAGUCCCUGUUCCACCAUACCCUCCAAGAAGGCCAAAACCAAAGGCGCACAAAAUCUCCAGAAUCAUGAAGGUGAAUCUCAAGAAACGUCAGCUCCAGUUUUCAUCCGCAAGCUCCGUAAGGCUGCAGUGGGAACAGGUUGUGAUAUCCGUCUCAGGGUGUCAGUGUCAGGACAUCCUAAACCUUCGUUGACAUGGUACCACAACGAUGAGCUGAUCUCCCCCGCAGAAGCUCAUGAUUCAGGUGGACUGUGGAUCCGGGACUGCCGCACCAACGAUGCUGGCCUGUACACCUGCGUGGCGUCCAAUGACCUGGGAGAGGCAAGCUGUAGUGCAGUGUUGGCUGUUAUGGACCUAGGUGAAGACUCUGAGACGACAGAAGAUGAAACCACUGAACCUCAGAUGGAAACCAAGGAAGGGCCAGGGAGGCACCAAGACAAAGCCGGACGGAAAGGACCAUCGGGUGAAGGAGGACGGAUGAUGGACUAUAACCCGGAUGCUUCGGAUCGCCGGGCCACGCUUCCCGGCACCUUCGACCCCGUGGUGGAGCGGGAGCUCCGGGCUUUGGGUUCCCGCCCGCCGGGGCCGCAUUUGGACCCCACAAACCCAGCAAGGAACAAAACUCCAGAGGAACCCUGGGAGUUCUCCUCUCAUGUCCUCCCAUCCUCUACCCAGCCAGCGUUAAUCAAAAACCUUGACAAAGACAAAACUGAAGACCCCGAAGCAUCUAAGACUUCUGGCACUGGCAACGUUAUCAUGACUCCGAAGCUGGCUCGUGCCGGACCCAAGAUCUUUGACAAGGUGCGGGCCUUUGAGGAGCGAAGGAGUGUGGAUCUGCCAGGAGGGGCGGCGUCCGUGGACUCGGAUGACAGCGGAAAGAAGACAGGAGGCCCCAGCAAGGAGGAGGGGAAAGUCUUGCAGGGAGUAGCCCAAAAGAGAGCAGCAUUCCAGCAGCGGGCCUCCUCGCUGGAGGACAAGACCACCUACUCCCAGAGGGUUCAGAGCUACCAGAACAAGUUUGCCGAGGAGCUCCAGAGGAUCAAGAAACUUGUGGGGAAAUCCAGCCUGAAGAAGGCGUACUCCACUGAGCAGCUGUCGCAGAAGGAAAGGAUCCACUUGGGGAAAAUAGAGCCCAUUCCUCAGCAUGUGGUGCGGAAGCUGGAGGCCAGGGAGCGGGCUCUGGAGGGGGAACGGGAUGGGACACCCCAGGUCGCUGCACCGCUCCCCGGCGGACCUCUAGGCCAUCGGAGGGAGAAUCCUCGUUGGGACAAUGUGGCUCAGACGGCUGGAGGCUCAUCCCACGAAAGCUUUGGGAAAAGCUUGGUUACCAAGGAAACGGAAGCAGUUCACCAGUUGCCAGGACAACCACUGGCAACAGCAGCCAGGAAAAAUCUAAACAGUGAAACUCUUCGGAGCUCACCAGCAGAUGACAAGCACACACUUCUUCCCACUUCCUUCAAGUCUUCAUCCUCCUCCAGAGAUCCGGGAACACAUUCGAGCACAGACACCAAGAUGGAAAACAAAUCACAUCAUGGAUCCUCAAACCCAACUGGGAAGAGAUCAUCCCCUGUGCCGUCGGGGGAACCGCCAUCCCAACAUCCGCCCAAAUGUAACCGGCCUUCGCUGGCGCUCCCUCCUGCAGUUAGCCCCUUAUUGAAGAAGAGGAGGGCUGAGGCGGGACGGGUCUCUCUGGCUUUGAAAGUCACCAUCCCCAACAUCCUGGUGGAGGACGAGCCCAUGGAGGAGGAAGGUCCAACAGACGACAACAAAGGCAAACACCGAACCGGACGAAGGGAAGGUCGAGUACGCAAAAACAAGCAAGGCCAGACAACGUCUGCAGAGGAAGGCUCAUCUGAUGACUCCUACAUGUCUGCUGAUGAAGAACCAGGAGAGGGACCAAGGUUUGUUAAGCCUCUCCAGGACACCACGGCAACAGCUGGUUCAGAGGUCAAACUGGACUGCAUCAUCACUGGGAAGCCACCAAUUACAGUGACAUGGAGGAAGAACAGCGUAGAGCUGCGCAGCAAUGCUUUUCAUACGCUCCAGACAGAAGGCGAGACGCACUCUCUGCUGAUAAAGGAGCUAAGGGCGCAUAACGCCGGAUCGUACUGUGUCACAGCUGCCAACACGGCGGGCACCUCCUCCUGCAGAGCGACCCUCUCCAUCCAUCCGGAACCCGGUCAUGUGCAGCGUGGGAAAUCACCUUCAGCGGUGGUGGUCAGCAGUCCAGUGCAGCCGGUUGACGAAUAUCUUAGUCCUCAGGAGGAGAAGAUGGAGGUUGGAGACUCACCGUCCUUGAAUAAAGGCAUCUCCUCCAGGGAACCUCCCUCAUUUCAGGUGCCCCCUUGUGACCAGGCAGUGACCGAGGGUCAAGAGGUCGUUAUAGCCGCAAAAAUCCGAGGGCAUCCCAAACCCAUGGUGUUAUGGCUGAAGGACAGAGCGGUGGUGAAGGCAGGGGGCCGCUUUGCUGUGCGAGAGAUGGCAGACGGCACUUGUGAAAUGAGAAUCAGCGCCGCUCACAGGUCAGACACAGGACUGUAUGUUUGUAAGCUCCACAGUGAGUGUGGCACCAAGCAGGUGGAGUGCAGAGUAGAAGUCAAGGCAGCUGCUCCGACAGAGCUCAGAAUCACCAGAGCAGCUGAAGACGUAGCCGUAAAGGCUGGGGAGUCGGCCAUCUUUGAGUGCCACAUCGCCGGGCCACCAGAUGUGGAGGUGGACUGGCUGUCUGAUGGAAAGCUCAUCCAGCCAGCGCUUCUCAACUGCAAGAUGCAUUUCGAUGGAAAGCGGUGUCGCCUAAUGCUGAAUUCAGUGCAUGAGGAUGACAGUGGGACGUACACCUGCAAACUGAGCACUGCCAAAGGUAAAUCCCAAAUGCUGAUGAGGAGAGAGGAACUUAAAGAAGUACUUUUAGGAAAAAAACAAAAACAAAAAAAACAUUUACCAAAACAACGUUUGCCUCCAGAGGAGCUGACCUCAAAUGCAAACCUGAGAGUCGCUCCGUCCAGAGAACCUCUGUUCACUCGCAAACUGGACAUCCUGGAGGUCAUCGAAGGACGCACUGCACGCUUUGACUGUAAGGUGAGCGGAUCACCUGCCCCGCGAGUCACAUGGAGGCAUUUUGAGAAGCGAGUGGAAGAGAAUGAUAACAUUCGCAUCCUUCAAGAAGGAGGUCGCCACUCACUUGUCAUCUCCCACGUUAGCAGCGACACGGAGGGUUUCUACACCGCAGUCGCUCAGAACGUUUACGGAAAGUCCGAAUGCACUGCAGAGCUGUAUGUGCUGGAAUCACGGGCUGCCAUCUCCUCCCACAUGGCCAAGUUGGAGAAGAUGCCAUCCAUCCCUGAGGAGCCUGAGGUUCUAGAAAACGAGUUGGAAAGGAGAACCAUGCCGGAUUUUGUCAAGCCUCUGGCGGAUGUGGAAGUAAUCGAAGGGAAGGAAGCCGUGCUGAAAUGCAAAGUGUCCGGCCUGCCCUACCCAACCAUCGCCUGGUACCACAAUGGCAAACGCCUUGAGAGCAGCGAGGAGCGCAAAAUGACUCAGCACAGGGAUGUCCACAGUCUGGUCAUCCAGGGCGCCUGCCACGCUCACGGGGGCGUCUAUAAGGCGGUCAUAUCCAACAAAGUGGGCAAGUCGGCCUGCUACGCUCACCUAUACGUUACGGAUAUUGUUCCUGACCCUCCGGAUGGUCCUCCGGUUAUUGAGGCCAUCACAGGGAAAACCAUAACCCUCAGCUGGAAGCGACCAAAGAGGCUUGACCCUUCACUGGAUGCCAGCUCGUUGCUGUUCAUGGUCCAGCAGCAGCCUCUGGGAUCCAUCCAGUGGUCUGUUGCGGCAACUAACCUGAAGGAGACAAAUUACACUGUCACCUCCCUGUCCAAGGGAGUCCGUUACGCCUUCAGGGUCCUGACAUCGACCGGGAAGACUCUGAGCAAACCAUCCCCCUCCACUGAUCUGGUCCAGCUGCUGGACAAAGGGCCAUAUUUGAGGAAGGCGCCAGUUAUUCUGGACAAACCCGACAUUGUGUUUGUGGUGGAGAACCAACCUGCUAACAUCACUGUCACGCUGAACCACGUACAUGCAGUGGUGACCUGGAAAAGGAGGGGAGUUGCGUUGAUUAACAGACUAGGUGUGUAUGAGAUGAGCAUGCCAGACGACGAUCAGCACACCCUGAGGAUCCAGCGGGUCAGGACCUCUGACAUUGGCCAUCUGGUUGUCACCGCUAGCAACCAGUUUGGCAGCGACCUCUGCACAGUGCAGCUGGCCAUGGCAGUUCUUCCUAAAUUUGAAUCUAUCAUGGAGGACGUGGAUGUGCACGUGGGGGAAACUUUACGUCUGGCUGUGGUGGUGGAGGGGAAACCAGAUCCAGAUGUUCUGUGGUUUAAGGAUGAUCUCCUUCUCGCUGAGAGCAGCCACUUCACGUUUGUGUAUGACGACCCGGAAUGCUCCCUGGUCAUCUUGAGCGCCAAGCAGGAGCACUCAGGCGUGUACACCUGCACCGCCAAGAACGUGGCCGGCUCCGUGUCCUGCAAGGCCGAGCUCACGGUUCACACAGAGCGAAAAGCGGCAGCCGAGCCAGUGGAGGACGAGGGGACCAUUCUGAGGAAGAUGAGGCGUUUGACGGAUUAUUAUGAUGUUCACAAGGAGAUAGGGAGGGGCGCCUUCUCCUAUGUGAAGAGAGCGACGCUGAAGUCGGAAAAGGCGGAUUUUGCGGCUAAAUUCAUCUCCGCCCGAGGAAAGAGGAAAGCUUUGGCCCUCAGGGAGAUGGAUCUGCUUUCUGAGCUGGACGACAACCACAUCCUUUACUUCCAUGAUGCUUUUGAGAAGAAGAACAUGGUGGUGCUCAUCACAGAAUUAUGUCACGAAGAAAUGUUGGACAGGAUGGCCAAGAAAUCGACCGUCAUGGAGAAGCUGAUUCGCAGCUGUGUCCAGCAGAUUUUGGAGGGGCUUAGAUAUCUUCACCAAAAAAACAUAGCUCACCUUGAUGUGAAGCCUGAAAAUAUUUUAAUGGCCAGUCCAGGUAGUGACCUCAUCCGCAUAUGUGACUUUGGGAAUGCCAUCAAAUUGGACACUUCAGAGGACUAUUACUGCAAAUACGGCACACCGGAGUAUGUUGCUCCAGAGAUCAUUAACCAAACUCCAGUUUCCAUGGCCACAGACAUAUGGCCUGUCGGAGUCAUCACUUAUCUCUGUCUGACUGGGGUGUCUCCGUUUGCCGGUGAGAAUGACAGAGCCACCGCGCUGAACAUCAGGAACUACAACGUGGCGUUCGAGGAGGGCAUGUUUUCAGAGCUCUGCAAAGAGGCCAAAGGAUUCGUCAUCAAGCUUCUGGUGGUGGACAGGCUGAGGCCAAAUGCCAUAGAGUGCCUUCGUCAUCCUUGGUUCAAGUCACCUACAAAUAAGAGCAUUAGCACGGCUAUGCUAAAGCAGGUUAUUGCUAGAAGACGCUGGCAGCGUUCCCUUAUCAGCUAUAAAUCCAAAAUGGCAUUACGGUCCAUCCCAGAGCUCCUCAGCGACUCCUCCAGCCAUGUUUCAAUCGCUGUUGCUCGUCAUUUGAAGGAAGGCUCCCCGCCUCCUUCUUCCUCGUCCGAUUCAGACGCAGAUGUGGACGAGCUUCCGUUUAUUCCGAUGCCGCUGUCCAUGGUUUUCUCUGGAUCCAGAGUCUCACUUAAUGAGAUCCCAGGGGACGAGGAUGUCAGAUGGCCAACCGUCUAUGUUAAUAGUAUAAGGACAAAGGAAAAUAUGGAUGUUGAUGGUUCUACAGCAGAGGGGAAUAAAAAUAUUACAGAUGAAGUGGAAACUCAAAAUGAGGAGAGAACAGGAAAGGCUAAACAAGAAGACCUGAAGAAAGGAUCAAGCACAGAGUCUAAUGAAGCACAGACAAGAGCUAGGAGGGCUACCAUGAGGAGAGGCAGCUCUGCUGAUUCAGCUCUGCUUCUCCACAUAGACCCAGAGGAAGGAAAUGCAAAUGAAGACUCAGAGGCAGGUACGAAGAACCUAAAAAAGGCUGUUUCUAUGGAACUGCCCAAUCGCAGCCCAAGCCCAGGGGCUACAAAGUUAAGUCAGGAGGAUUAUACCUUAAAACUAGAGCUAAUGAGGCAACGGCUGCUCAGGGGAGGAAGCGUUGAUAAAAAAAUGAGUGGCCUACGGGGGCCGCUGUUUGAAACCCUUGGCAUAGAUGAGGAAAGGCGGACGGGGUCCCUUGAGAGAAGUUUGAGAAGAUCCAGAGCAGGACCCUCAACACUUACCAGAGCAGCAUCUUCUGAAAGCUCAGGAGAAGACACACCAAAUACCAAAGUUUUUUGUAAAAGUGUUUCCUUCUCACAGGGGGAUUCAGAGCCCAUGUCCCUGCACCGUAGGUUUGGAGCCCCCUUAGAGAUCCCAUCUGCUUCCACUGCUCAGACAGAAGGGAAGAAACUGCAGGAGGCAAUUUCAAUGUCUGCGCUGACUGAACAAGCAACACUGGAGUCUGAAUCAACCUCACCUAAAGAAAAAGCUUCCUUCUCUCUCCCAGCAGCAGAAAAAAUGGACCAAGAGCAAAACAAUUGCAAUGUGAAAGGUUCAGAUAUAGAUGAAGCAACAGAGAAAAGGACCAAAGCAGAUUCUGAAACAUCCAUUAUUACUCCUAAAAUUGUUAUAGAAGAGAAAGAGAAAGAAAACAGCAUGAAUGAAAAGGUUGGAGUUUCUACACUAUCUCAAACAUCAACCAAGGGCCAAUCAAAAUCCCUCUCUGCUGCACACAAACCAAAUGACUCAAAAUCCUCAGAUACAUCUUCCUUACCUGAGCAUCCAGCUGUAUUUGCCAAAGUAGCAACAGAAGACAGACUUGCUGGUUCUCCUUCCUCGUCUUCAAACCCCGAUCUUACCAUCAUCCCUCGCAAACCCGUUCUCAGAACAGACAUCAAGGACAUUGAUUCAGUGGAAGUCUUUGAGGCCAAGUUUAAGAAGCGUGAGUCAUCCUUAACCCGUGGCCUCCGCAAACUGACCAGAAACAAGUCUGAGGAGAAAUCCCCAGUGUUGAGCCGAAAGACAGUUGAAGGGGGUGAGGACAUUUACAGGCCAGGGCCGAGAGGGGCGCCACUUGAAAUAGCAUCCAAGGGAAUUCCAGAGAAAUCUAAAUCUGUCCAAGACUUAAGAGAGGUAGAUCAGGAAACAGGCCUUGGUCUGAUUGGGAGGUUUUCAUUGAAAGGCGAGAGGUCGACAUCUACUGAGAAAAAGGAGGAAAAGCAACCAAAUGUACAAGAAACUGCUGUAAGUAAGAGGGUUUCAUGGGCUGUUGGUCGCAGUAAGUCUCUGGACACAAAGGAUCUGGAUGCUUCUGGAACAAGGAAGCAGUCUGAAGAGCGACAAUCCGGGAAAGCUGAGGAGUCCUCGGUUUCUGCCAUGAGACGAAAGUUUGAGUCCAAAGUGGCGGGAAUCUCUGCAAAAUUUAGGAGCCAAUCUGAGGAGAGAAAGGCUAAAGAGGCCAGAGGUAGUCAGAAAGACCUUGAGCAAAAGGAUCUCAACAAGGUCUCAGAAUCCCCUGUUCUUGCAAUACGUCACAAGUUUGAGAACAAAGUGGUGGGAAUAUCCUCAAAAAUCCGCAGUCAGUCAGAAGAAAGGAAAGUAGAUGGAGAGGGUAGGAACACACCUCUGUUUGCUCGGCACCGUCAUUCCCACUCUGAAGGUCGUGGACUCAAAGGGAUGGGUAUCCCUGAAAAUCAGCUGGCAAAACAAACCGGUGCUGCUGCAUCGAAGGAAUCCAUUGAGUCCAACUCCAGCAUCCAUUCUGAUAAAGCCUUGGAGAGUGACAGACGGUCGCGGUGGGACCGGUGGGGCUUAACCAGGACCAGGAGAGACAAAACUCCCUCCCAAUCUGACUUACCCUCAACUGCACCCAAAGAGGAAGGUCUGACAAAAAGCCAGCAGUUCAUCCGCUCUGCUUCAGACUUUGCUCCGGUGUUCCACAUCAAACUAAAGGACCAUGUCCUACUAGAGUGGGAAGCUGUGACUCUGAGUUGUCUUCCAGCUGGCAGUCCACUCCCACAGAUUACCUGGAUGAAGGAUCGGAAACCGUUAGAGGUGACAGACAACCGGAUCAAGCUGCUGAACCACCCAGAUGGCAGGCAGCUUCUUACCAUUCAGAAGUGCAGCCACAGAGACGCUGGGGUGUACGAAUGCGUCGCUACCAACCCAAUCGCUACCGUCACCACCUCCUGCACGCUUUCCAUAGCUUCUGUUCCAAAGCGACCCGGAACCCCUGAAGUAGCUCAGACUUACAACAACACGGCUCUGGUCCUGUGGAAGCCGUCGGACACAAACUCUCCCUGCAGCUACUCUCUGGAACGGAGAAGUGAAGCUGAUUCUAACUGGGUAACUGUGGCCACUGGGAUAGCUGAUUGUUACUACAAUGUCACGGACCUGCCACUAGGGGGGGCCAUUAGGUUCAGAGUCUCCUGCGUCAGCAAGGCAGGACAAGGUCCUUACAGCAACUGCUCUGCUCCGGUCAGCCUGGACUCAACAGACGAAGGAGCUUCACCUGCAGUCGCUGUAGUAAAAAUAGUCCCAACUCCACCAGAACCAGCACUGAAACCUAACCCAGAUGUCAAAGAUACCUCCGCCUUCUCAACAUCUCCUCCUCCUCCGUCUGGCCUGACCUCUGACCCUUCCACAGGUCCGCCAUCACCGUCUGCUAGCAUAACCCCAGAGGAAAAGCAAAGCAGCGCUCUGCCUUCCUCUAGCACAGUCAAAGCCUCUCCGUCCUUCAUCUUGUUCAAGCCCCAGAGUCCGAUAAACGUGGUGACCCCUAUGACCCAGACCCCAACUCCUCUUGUAAGCCCGCCCUCUACCCCUACCAAACCUUUGGUUGCAUCCGUACCCAGCUACGUCCCCACCACUGCCGCCACGGCACACGUGGCUCCCACCCCGGUGUCUUUUUCCCCACCAGUCCUCCAGGCCUCCAGCUUGAGCCCCAUUGCAGAGGGCGCCAACACUCCGACCAGAAGCACCCCAUCUGGACGCAACACGCCCUCUACUGCUCUGAGACAAGGAGUUCCACAGAAACCAUACACCUUCCUGGAUGAGAAGGCCAGAGGUCGGUUUGGGGUAAUCCGCGAGUGCAGGGAGAACGCCACCGGAAAGAUCUACAUGGCCAAAAUCGUCCCCUAUAGCCAGGAGAGCAAGCAGGAAGUGCUGAAGGAGUACGAAAUCCUAAAGUCGCUUCACAAUGAGAAGGUCAUGGCUCUCCAUGAGGCCUACAUCACGCCACGGUACCUGGUGUUGGUGGCUGAAUACUGCACUGGCAAAGAGCUGCUGUUCAGCCUCACUGACAGGUUUCGGUACUCAGAGGAUGAUGUAGUUGGCUACCUGGUUCAAAUCCUCCAGGCGGUGGAGUACCUCCACAGCCGCAGAGUCCUUCAUCUAGACCUCAGGCCUGAGAACAUCCUGGUGACCAACCUUAACGUGGUUAGGAUUGUAGACUUUGGCAGUGCUCAGAGUUUCAACCCCCUCAACCUGGAACCCCAGGGCACAAGAGCAGGAACCCUGGAAUACAUGGCUCCUGAGAUGGUCAAAGGGGAAGUGGUCGGUCCUCCUGCUGACAUUUGGACCGUUGGAGUCGUCACCUACAUCAUGCUUAGUGGUCGACUGCCCUUUGAAGAUAAGGACCGUCGGCAGGUUGAAUCUAAAAUCCUCAUGGCCAAGUUUGACCCUAGCAAACUCUACCCAAACGUUUCCCAAAGUGCCUCAGUUUUUCUCAAGAAGAUGUUGAGCAGUUAUCCAUGGGCUCGACCAACCACGCGGGACUGCUUCACCCAGGCCUGGCUGCAGGACUCAUACCUGAUGAAGCUCCGGAGGCAGACGCUCACCUUCACCUCCAGCCGACUCAAGGAGUUCCUGGUGGAGCAGCAGAGCUGUCGCACAGAGCGCGCCACCAAGCACAAGGUGCUGCUGCGCACCUAUCAGGGCUCGUCGCGCAGCCCGGCAUCUGGCACCGCGCCACACCUACCCAGCCCCAAGUGAACACUGGGCAGGAGUCGCCCCAACAGAACCACUGCUGAUACCAAGCACCGCGGGCAGACAGUUGGACCCUCACAGGGGUCCAUGUGUUACAAAUAAAAACUCAACAGGAGCUGCAGACCACAGAGAAUACGUUCAACUCAUAAACUCCUUGUAAACUGUUUUAAGACUUUUGGUUUUAGCUUCUUUGUCGUUUGUUAAUUCUGACAUUGCAGUUUAAUUUGCCCUACAUUUGAUAACCAGUGGUGGGCACACUUCUACUAAUGUGCUAACAGUGGAGCUCAUUUUUCAUUCAGCGAUUUGCUAACCUAGAAAAGUGCACUUAGCUUUCCCUAAAUUAAUAUUUACAAAUCAGUUCUAAAGCACAAAUUGAUUUGGUUGUUGUGUAAACUUUCAGUGGAAAAGCGUUUGACCUCUGCUGCCAGUUCUGUUUCCUCUCCUAACAUUCGUUUUCAUUUUUGUUUUGCCAAAUAACUUUAAAGCAAACGAGAAACAUACAGGGACAAAAUAAUACGCAGCACAGAACAAGAUAAAAGCAUACAUAAAAAAUUUUAACUGAAUUGUGGAACAUGGAAAUUAUGUCCAAAUUCCAUUGGUUCUUGAGGAUUGUCGUCUCUUGCUAACUUAAGUUGGUACUUUAGCAUUAGCUUCCACUAAAUACAAUGUUGGUGUAGUGCAUUAGCGGAACUAAUCUUAAUGAUUAGGGCUAUAGAUUUAGCAUAGCAAACUUUUCAGUUAGCGGUGCCCACCACUGUUGACUCCAAGAUGCUUUCUUUUGUAGUUUUAUCUUAAAAACACAUUUUUGUCAUGCAGUUUGGUGGUUAUCGUCACGCUAGUCAAUGUACCACUAUUACAGCUGCUAACUUAUUCUGCAUUUUGUCUCAUUUUAAAACACCAAAAAUAUAUAUAAUUUUUCCCUUCUUUAAAAUUAUGUUUACUUUUUCCAUGUUAAUUUAUUUGCAUGUGUGUGCACAUUUUUGAGUCACUUUUCGAUGUAACUAUAAGACGGAAAAGAAAAAAAAAACAAACUGAAAUCAGGAAGAUGCUUGUGGCUAACGUUGAGUCUAAAGGGAGACUGUUUAUGGGGAAUCUGUCGUACAGCUUCUUGCUCUGUGAUCAACUCUAAAUCGUGAUCCAGCUUUGAACAGUAGAUUUUCUAUAAAGUGUAACGUGACUUUUAGUUGCCGUAGUUUGUCAGUAUUACAAGUCAGUUGAUCUGGUUGCUUCAAUCUCGGUCGUCCAGGCAGUACCGCGGAUAAGCGUCAAAAAUGUUCAUAUUUCAUGUGUGUCUUCAUCAGCUGGUUGCAGUGUCUGGAUAUUACAAGAGGUAACUCAUCCAUACACACAUUUUAGCAAAUAUACAUGGAGUCAUUGUCACAUUAGAAUGCCUCAUGUAUUGCUCUUAUCAGUCCUUUUGUAUGACUUUGGAUGGUUCAAGAUUUGUAAAUGUACCCAAUUGCGGUGUUUAUAUGUGGAAAAAGAUGAAAAUGUUUUUAUGAGAUCGUAUGUAAUAAAAUAUUCCUACAUUUGAGAA